CGAACGUUUCCCAUGACACAAACCGGGCAACGACACAAACCAGACGCACGCGGCGCGUGCCGCGCACCCUUGCCCCCUCCCCUCCCCUCCCUCCCUCGGCACGGCACGGCACGGCACGGCAGCCAGCCAGACGGCUCGAACUCGGUUGAAAAACGAUCUGGGCUUGCUGCCUCCCAGGAGCGAGGCCACGAGGCGAGCACUCCUAUUACGCUCCUCCCAUCUUCCUCGGCCCCGUGGCCCGUGCACUUCACCAUCUCCACCUGCGAGAUGCGGAUCCCGGGGCUGCUCGCGGCGGCGGCGGCGCUGCUGGUGCUGCUUCUCGCGGUCGCUGGUGCGGCGGCGCAGGAGGCGGCGGCGGCGGGGGACGUGCGGCCGGAGGAGAUCGCGGCGAAGGCGACGGCCAAGGAGGAGGCGGUGCUCGCGGCCGAGCUGGGGCAGCUCAGGGCGAAGGUCGCCGCGCUAGAGUCGAGCAUUGCAGCGCAGACACAGGAGCUGAAUAGCAAGGAUGGCGGCAUCGAAACACUGGAAAAGGUAACUGGGGAGAUGUCACAGAACAUUGCUACUCUGCAGGAUGAGAUAACUUCCCUCCAGUCAAAGGGAUCUAUAGCUGCAAAGGAGCUGGCAGGCAAGGCCAGUGCCCGAGCUAUUGAGCUUGAGAAGCAGAUUGAGAAGCUCAAGAAGGACAUAGAAGCACAGAAUAACAAAAAGGCGACCAUGGAGGCUAUAGCUACCGAUGCAGAGAAGAGGGUGCAAGAGCUGAGUGCUAAGCUUGAUAGACUUCAGAAGACAAGUGGCGAGCAAAAGGUUAGGAUUCAGAAGACCAAAAAUGCUCUUAAAACUGCAGAGGAGGAACUGAUGAAGGUGCAGUUAGAAGCAACAGCAAAAUCAGAGCAGCUCGGAGAGGUUCAUGGAGCAUGGUUGCCACCUUGGUUAGCAGCACAUGCAGCUCACUAUAUGGAGUUGAUAUCGAGUCACUGGAGUGAACAUGGGAAACCUGCUGUCAACAAUUUAUUGCAGAAGACAUCAGAGAAAACAGUGCAGGCGAAGGAAUGGGCCGAACCCCAUAUAGAAACUGCUAAGGCGAAAUGGAUUCCUGUCAUUAAACAGAAUUGGGCUACUGCAAAGAAAAAUGCGGAACCUUAUAUGCAAAUGGUCUCAGCAAAAUCAGUAGAGCUUUAUCAAGUAUCAAAGGAUGCUAUCUCACCACAUGUUGUGAAAGCACAUGAGCUUGCUGAUCCUUAUUUCCAGGAAGCCAAGAAAUUAUCAAAACCUUAUAUUGAUCAAGUUGCUAAGGCCAGUAAACCACAUGUUGACAAACUUAAAACUACCCUUAAGCCUUACACUACAAAGGCAGGCCAGGAAUAUGAGAAGCUUCUUGAGACAGCUACAUUAUACCAUCAGCAGGCUCAGGCUACUAUCUUGGAUUACAUGCACCAACAUGAAUUUUUAAAACAAUUUGCGAAUGGAGAGUUGGUGUGGUUUCUGGCUGCUGCUUGGCUUCUUAUGCCCGUAUAUGUUUUAUACAUACUCCUAGCUGAAGUCUUCUGCGUCAGCAGGAAGAAGAAAAUCCCACGGAGUGGUAAGGGCAAAGUUUCGGUCAAUGGCCAUCGGAGACACAAGCGCCGUCAUGCUGACAAGUAGACUUUAGACUAUGUGUUUGCCUAUCUUCCGCAGCACUGUAGUUGAAGAAGAUCAGGUACGAUUCAUUCACUGACAAGUCUGCUGGCUACAAAUUGGGAGAUGCCGGGUCCUGGUUAAAUCUUGUGUAAUAUAUACCCUGAGUUAUACUGCACGCAAACCGUGUCUCCAUGUAUUUUAGCGACCGUUUUUGUACGAUCACGUAGCUGAGUAGGGAUUACGAGGUUAAAUAUGCAGCUAUUCGUUUUAUUGGGCACAUAUUAUGUUGCAGCUGUUCGCGUGUUUCCAGUUCA